AAAUGGGAGGCCGCCGAAUGUCCGUGGUGAAUGACCGACCUAAGCAGGAAGGAGUUGGGAUUGUUGAGUUGCCCCCCCCAACCCCCCCAGCAGUUGUCAGAUGCGAGAACCGAUCGUGAGUCCUUUCCCGAUCGAUCUCCGUCAGGCAGGCGGGUAGGGUAUGAAUUGGCUGGAUCUGUGCGAGGGAGGGAGAGAGGGACUAGGGGCGAUAGAUUUGCAUGGUCAGAGUUUAGUGUUUGGGAGGUGAGAGAGAAUUUGGGCCUCGAUUUCACGACCCUCCUCGCUCUGGUACGGAAUUCUGAGCUUCGGCUCCGUUGGAUUCGGUUCCAUCUCCAUGAAGUCCGGGUCCCGUUGGCGGCUCUGCUGUUUGGUCCCCCUGUUCCUUCGCUCUGCCCCGUAGUGUGGUCUUGUGAGGGAUGUGCUCGCGUCGCGCUGACCCGCUCUGAGGCGGCCACCAGCCUUCCCACCGCACCAACUAAUUGUUGUCUCCCACUUUUGAGUUCCCACGUCUAUCUUCGUGUUUCUUGAUUGCGGAGAGAGAAGCUAUUGCUGAGAUUCGGAGUGUUUCGAUUGAUCAAUCGGUGUUUUGGAGCAGAGGAUGCUGCUGGAGCUUUUCUCCACAUUUCGUUUACAGCAUGAUUUGAAGUUUCCCACCUUCACAUAGUCCUCUUAUUUACUUCAAUUCACCGGACUGGCAUCCUCACAGUACUCUUCAUUCAAUUUGCCUCCGCUGUGUUCAGGACUGUGGUUUACGGCAAUAUGGUCAGGGGGUAUAAGCAAGAGCAUACGUAUCGGCAUCCUUGGGAGCGUGUUUCGAUAGCUAACUUUAGAAAGUUCGCAGAUUUGGAACACAGGUCGUUACUUUCACACGUUGCGGACGUCCGUAUUGUGAACAGAACCGUCGACCCGAAAAUUGGACAAAUUUUCACUACUCGAUCAAUCACCAUAAAUGCUCCUGGUCCCUGGUGGCUCCAGCGUCUCAUGGGAACAAACGUGUGCCUCUGUCUAGAGGAGUCCAUCAUCGAUAAUGACAAGCGAUCUUUAGAAAUAGUAACUCGUAAUGUGACCUUAAAAGAUUUUGUUGAUGUGGAGGAGAAAUGUUCUUACAAUCCUCACCCCGAAAAUGAAGACUGGACCUUGUUGCGGCAAGAGACGAGCAUAACGUGCCAGACGUCCAUGCCAGCCUUGAAGUCUAUGGCAGAGAAGAUUGAGCAGAAGUGUGUGGAGAAAUUUCAACACAACAGUGCACGUGGUAGGGAGGUCGUGGAGGCUGUAUGCAAAGCCCUUGAAAGGGCUGAAUCAGGAGCUGUCACAAAAGCCGAGCCACAUUUGGUCGUGAAUCCUCAGCAGAACAGCAAAACACGUAGUCACGGCAUCAAGUGGAGAAUCUUUGAAGCAGCUUCUCUGGUGGGCGCCACCUUGUAAAAUUGGCUCCCCUCGGUGCAACCUUGACACAUCCUUUUUUAAUUACGUACAUUUUUACUUGUCACGUUAGACACACAGUUUCAACUACUAGAACACCAACAGAAACCCUAUCUCCCAGAUGCUGUUGUUUUGCAUAUUACACAGUAUGAGCCAGUUUCACAAUACAAACGUGCAGAGAUUGCUCGUCAAGUUUAUUCUUCCAUAUAUUUGGUGAGUUUCAUUUUGGACGUUGGUGUACCUGUACCAGAGUGUUGAUAGCAAGUAGAAUGGGGAUGUGGUGGGAGUGUCCAAUGGUUUCUGCAAACUGUUUGGAUUGUCUUCUCUACCACUUUCUGAGAAUUAUUUUUGUUUUAUUUUUGUGUAA